UUCGGCCUGAAUUCCUAUCUUUCCUUCAACCACUUUCGCUGUCCCUCCUCACAACCUCACAUCUCCCAGCUGGGCUCCGUCAAUCAGCCUGCGGUCUAGCAACCGCAAGAGCUCUUAUUCUCAGUGCCUCUUUCAUCAUGGCUCUCCGAGUGAACAUCCCUCCGGCCACCCGAAUCUGCCUCGUCAGUCUCCUUACCCUCUCCUUGCUGUACAACAUUGCCCGAUGGCGCCAAAUUGACACCACGGGGGGCACACCGACCGUCACCCCCAUCGUACCCUACCUUACGCUUGUUCCGUCAUAUCUCCUCUAUUACCCGUGGACGCUCGUGACUGCUACGUUUGUGGAGCGGAACAUCUUCACUGUUCUUCUGAACGCCGCCACCCUCUUUUACGGCGGGAAGUACCUGGAGCGGGCGUGGGGUUCACGAGAGUUUGCCAAGUUCAUCCUCACGAUCGCAGUGAUCCCUAAUGUGGUCAUCGUACCUAUCUAUCUCUUAGGUACUGCGAUGAGCGGCAGCGCCAGCAGCGGGUACGCCCCUUUCACCCCUCGCGAAUGCACCACAUCGUGCGCUUUCCCUGCUGACUUCCCGCCGUCCAGUGUCACGCAGAUCUGCGGCGGCAUCUCGAUUCAGGCGUCCUUCCUCGUCGCCUUUAAGCAGCUCGUCCCCGAACACACCGUCACCAUCUUCCAGGGCUUGGUGAAGAUGCGGGUGAAGCACUUCCCCGCCCUCUUCCUCCUCCUGAACACGAUCAGCGGUGUAGUCGUCGGCACCCGGGCCGCCGCGCUCCUUUCCUGGCUUGGUCUCGUGACGAGCUGGACCUACCUGCGAUUCUUCAAGCGCCAGCCCGACCUGACCGGCACCUCGACCGACGGACUGGGCAUCAGGGGUGACGCGAGCGAGACCUUCGCAUUCGCAUGCCUAUUCCCCGACCUCCUCCAGCCGCCCAUCGCUUUCUUCUCCGACCAGGUCUAUGCGCUCUUGGUUGCGGCGAGAGUCUGCACCCCCUUUUCCGAGGAGGACAUCGCAUCCGGCAAUCAGCAGGUCCUGGCCCGCGGCGAAGCCGGUCUUCCCAGCCUUCUUUCCAACCAGCGCGGGGGACGAGCCACGGCCAAGCGGGAGGAGGCCGAGCGACGACGCGCGCUGGCUCUCAAGGCCUUGGAUCAAAGACUCCAGGCUGCAGCAGCAGCGAGAGCGCCCCCAUUGACGUUGAAUCAGCCAGGCGCCGCCCAUAGUCAGACUCCGACCCCAACAGUAGCAGCAGGACAGGCGAUGCUGGGUGAAACUAGCUACACUCCGGACCACUCUUAA